CGUAUGAGUCAAGCGUUUGAGAGCUUCUGUCUGGUGCUCGUCGCCUCACAAACCUCGAGGGAGGGGUCGAUCAUCCGUGGUAGGAGUCGCCUUGCACUGUCCUGCACUCGAGACCCCUCUUAUAGGGACACACAACAGCCGCGUUUUUCGAGGGAGGUGGGCGAAAGCAACUCUACUAAAGGCAGCACACAUAUGAAAUCCACGCAAUUGGGUGCAAGGCAAGACGCCGGCGCCACCGUUACCAUCAUCCAGACUCCUCCCCACGAGGGCAUUCGUUCUCGAAGACCUGAAUGGGAGACAUCAUUCCCGCUAGCACAGCAAGGCGAGAUCGAAGUGGGCUACGUCUACGAUGACGGACCAGAUGCUGUAGAGCCGACUCCUGUCUUUAUUGUGCGGCUUUCCCCGGCGCUCUGGAGGAACGCAGUGCUCCCAGCGAUACACGCGGGGCUCGCUGUAGCGUAGGGCACGGGCAAGAAACCAGGUUGG